AUGUAUUCUCGUGACGAAACUGUUAACGCUAUCCUACGGCUUUAUCAGGAAGUUAUCCGCCACCCAUAUUUAAACGAUAGUACACUUGUUUUACCCCCUCCAGGUGGUUGGCGUUCUGUUAACAUCCGAGGAAAAACCCAAACUGUCCUUGAUCUACUUCGUCAUCUUCCAUAUCUCCGUCCAGGGAAUCCGUACGAACGACUCCUUAUAUACUGGGAAACAGUUCCCAUAUGUUAUACGGACGAACAAAGCCACCUUGAAAUCUAUACCCUUCCAGCUCACUGUGCUUACCUUACCCAUAGCGUGGACCGAGAGGGCACGUCUUUGAUUCUCGACACUAACGAAGGUACCAUAACUGAGUUUUGUCACACCGGGUCCUACAUUACAGUGUCUGAGGAAGAAUACGAAGCGCUGUCUGAAGAAGAUAAGUGGAAAGCCCAUCGCACGUCGCCUAUCAAGGGGUUUUUAGACGUUUGGACGCGACGAUACGAGAAACUAGUAUGGAUGAUAAUACCAAACCCAAUUGGUCAGCCAACUACGGGAAGGUUCUAUAGCCGCGCUGAUACAAAUGCCGAACAUGAUGAAUUGACCCUCGAAGAGCAAUUGAAGCCGUGGCAUCUUCAGGAUGACGAUAACAACUUGGAUUUUGGGAACGAGUUUGAUAAGGCCCAGUACGAAGACCGGAAAAGUAUGAGAAAGCAUGUAGCAGACGUAUAUAAUACGUAUCUUCGGCACGGAUGGCCUGAUCACUUUGACAAAGAUCGGUGUCGUAGCGAAUUACUACAAUUAGAGAAGUUGAAAGAUGCGGAAGAUAGACGAAAAAUGGACGAACUGAAUCCAGAUGCGUAUCUUUUCGAUUGA